AUGACACCGGGAGGGACUGAGGAGAUCAACGAGAUAUCUGGAGCGGAUCCUUUUGUCUGUACGACUCAGGCCAUAGCUGACAUAGUGAUCCUGGUGGAUGGAUCCUGGAGCAUCGGGAGGCUCAACUUCCGCUUGGUCCGCAUGUUCCUGGAGAACCUGGUCAGCGCUUUCAGCGUCGGGAUCGACCAGACCAGGAUAGGUCUGGCCCAGUACAGUGGGGACCCCAGGAUAGAGUGGCAUCUGAAUGCCUUCACCACUAAAGAUGCAGUCCUGGAUGCUGUGAAGAACCUGCCCUAUAAGGGAGGCAACACACUGACAGGCCUGGCCCUGACCUAUAUCCUGGAGAACAGCUUCAAGCCCGAGUCAGGCUCCAGGAGCGACGUCCCCAAAGUCGGUAUCCUAAUCACAGACGGGAAGUCCCAGGAUGACGUGAUCCCCCCUGCCCAGAGCCUGAGGGACGCUGGCAUCGAACUCUUCGCCAUUGGUGUAAAGAAUGCUGAUGAGAAUGAGCUGAGGGCCAUAGCUUCUGAGCCUGACAACACUCAUGUGUACAACGUGGCAGACUUCAGCAUCAUGAGCUCUAUCAUAGAGGGACUGACCCAGAUAGUCUGUGAACGGGUAGAGGAGCAGGACAAGGAGAUCAAAGGAGAGUCUGCUGGUCAGGAGACACAGGGAGCCCCUCAGGACCUAGUGACAUCAGAGGUGACAGCCAGGAGUUUCAGGGUGUCCUGGAGUCACGCUCCCGGCAGUGUAGAGAAGUACCGGGUGGUGUUCUACCCUGCUACCCAGGGAGGACGGCCUAAAGAGGCUGUGGUGGACGGCACAGAGAACUCUGUGGUUCUGCGGUAUCUCAACUCCUUAACAGAGUACCAGUUAGCUGUGUUUGCUGUCUACACCAGCUCAGCGAGCGAGGCACUUCGUGGCAGCGAGACCACAUUGGCUCUACCCAUGGUGAACGGCCUGGAGCUGUACGACGUUACCCACAACACCAUGCGGGCGCGGUGGAGCGGUGUGCAGGGCGCCUCGGGGUACAUGGUCCUAUACGCCCCCCUGACCAAGGACCAGGCCUCCGACGAGAAAGAGAUGAAGGUGUCAGGUGCAGUAACUGAUCUACAGCUGGAGGACUUGACUCCUGCCACUGAGUACACGGUGACAGUCUACGCAAUGUACGGAGAAGAAGCUAGCGAUCCUAUGAGUAGCCAGCAGACCACCUUGCCACUGAGCCCUCCCAAGAACCUUGUGUUCUCUGAGGUGGACCACAACUCAGCCAAACUGUGGUGGGAAGCUGCCUCUAGGAAGGUGGCAGGAUACCGUAUCAUGUACGUCAAGACUGACGGGCUAAAGACUGAUGAGGUGGAUGUGGGUCCCGUCACGUCCUGGACUCUGAAUGACCUGACGUCUGCAACGGAGUAUGAGGUAGCCAUAUUUGGGAUCUACGACGAGGGCCAAUCAGAAGCCCUCUCUGGCAGCUUCACCACCGACCCUGUGCCAGGACCUCUUGACCUCCAGGCCAGUGAGGUCACCGCAGAGAGCUUCCGGGUCAGCUGGGGUCACUCUGCUCCGGGCAUCGUCCUCUACAAACUGACCUGGGCUCCUUAUGAUGGAGGGGACACUAAGGAG